CAGCUCUUCACGCUGUUCUAUCAACCUCGUUAUCCGCCAGCGGAUUUCUACAAGUUUUUUCCACAGGAAUUCAACAUUUCAAUUCCAAACAUUCCCCAAACUACCUUUCCUUUAAUUUAAACAUUAACCCAUCUUUAUCACACACAUUCUGACACAAUCGAAGCGAAAUUCACCAGAGCUUAACGCGUGGCAUUCACCAUAAUACGAAGGGCGACGUCUGGUGUACGGCAAAGUUUUAUUUACUAUGCUGAAGCAAAGCGAAAACAUGUCCUGCCUUGGUGGAGACUUCUUCUUCACUUCGUGAUUAUUUAGAUUUCAUAAAUAUCCGUGGAAUAAUAAUAAUGGUGAUGUUUACAUUCGAUACCAGAGGUUUAUGACACUGAUAUCACAAUAUUGAAACUAUGUCGGAAGCAGAUAUUGAAACGCCGCCGCCGAGCGACUCUGCCAAAAGUCCCGGUUCUACGCUGGAUAACUUCUCCAGGGAAGAUUUGGUGAGAUUCAUCAAAAAACAGACACUCGUCUUGCAGAAGACCAGAUCACAAUGUGAAAAGUUGCAGAUGAAAUUGCAGCCAGAGUUUAACUGGGGCUCCAUGGGUUUGAAGAAAGAAGUGGUAAACUACAAAGCGUCGAAAUCCAACAAUGGCAACUCUGUUGAAAACAAAGACUUCAAGGGGCUCCAGGAGCAGGUGCGAAUGUUGGAAGAGGACAAAGAAGAAAUGAAAAAGGCCUACAAUUCACUCGUUGCUGAGAAAGAAGCCACAUUAGCACAGUACCAGGAUAUUGAAAGAAAACACAAAGAGAUUCUCGAAAGUUAUAACGAACUUGAAAAAGAAGUUUCUUCAUUAAAAAAUAAGAAAAAAGAGCUUGAUGAACAAAAUGAAUGUUUGCAGAUGAAGAAUGAGACUUUAUCUACAUCGUAUCACUUUAUGCAGGAAGAACAAGACAGAAUUGUCCUGGAGAAUAAGGACCUGAAGGACCAAAUCAAUGUGCUGACAUCUGCUCGUGACGAAACCCUACUUUCUCUGAAAGAACUCAAAGCCCAGUGCUCCGAGGACAAAGGCUUGAAUUCUGAAAUGGAAGAUUUGAACAAGCAAUGUGAAGAAUUAGAAGCAAAAGUUAAAAACGCUGAAUCAGAAAGCGAAGCAAGUAGAACCGCUGCUGCCGCUGCUGUGAAAAAAUUAGAAGAAACGAUGGUUAAACUGAAUCUCUUGGAAGACAGCCACAUCGUCAUGGUAGAUUCUUUGAACCAUAAAGAGGCUGUUUAUGAGAAGCUCAUGGAUGACUAUCAAAUUACCAAAAAUCGUUUAACAGAGAAGAUUUCCAUCUUAGAAAAAUUUCAACUUGAAAAGAACUCGUUAAUUGAAAGUAUUCAGUCGAUGAAUGAAGUAGAGCCAAAUAGCCAAGUGGAAUUAAUUGAUGUUGGUAAACUGUUAAGUGAAUAUAAAAACCAGAUUGAUGAAUUAAAACAACAGAAUCACCUGGCCAGAGAAGAAAAUUCCUCGAUAAACGAAGAAGAAGUUGCUGUCUUACGAAAGAAUCUCUCUGAAAAGGAAGCAAAACUGCAAGAGGGUGAAGACAAAAUUCUUGAUUACACCAACCGAAUUGCAGAACUCCAAGGAACAAAUGAAAACCUCCAACAUGAAAACCACAGCGUUAGUGACCAAUGUGAGAAUUUGGUAAAGUACAAAAAUGAUCUCGAAAACCAGUUAACAGCUUUGAAAGCAGAUCUUCAGAUUGUGGUUGAAGAACUGAAGCAAGCAAAGGAAGCGGCAGUAAAUACCGAAACAUUCAAAGUUGAGUUGCAGGAAAAAGAAGCAGAAUAUUCUUCCUUAUUGCAAAAAUAUACCGAUUCUGCCGAAGUGGUAAGGUAUCUUAAAGAGAAGGUCACGAUGUUAGAAUCAUCCUCUGUCAAAGAAUCCACUGAUGCAGAAUGUUCUAAAAAUGGCUCAGAUUCUAACAUUUCUCUGACCGGCGCCGACCAGAAGGUCGAAGAUCUCCACACGGAGAAUGCGAAAAUGAAGUCAAUGUUUGAACAUUUGCUGGAACAGAAGGAGAAUAUUGAGUAUGAGCUUCACGAGUUGAAGGAGGAGACUGAAUCUCAGAGGACCCUGUUGCUGAGCAAGACCGAACAGCUGAAAGAAUGGGAAAACUUAAUGAACAUGAUGAAGGAGGAUAAGGAGAGGGCUCUGGUUGAUUUGGAGGAGACAGAGCAGCGAGAACUUCAUUGGCGGAACGAACUGGAAUUUCUGAUGAAUUCCUUGCACGAAGCAUUGAACGAGAGGGACAGUCUACGGGAGGAGAUGUUUAAAUUAACCGAGAAGGACUGUUCUUCCAUUGAUGAAAUUAACAGGAUGAAGAAGAAAGUGGAAGAAAUAAUUAACGAGAAGUGUCGUUUAGAAGCCGAGUUGGCCCAUUUUGAGAAUGUGUUGCAGAGAACUCAGGCGGAGAAAGAGAAUCUGGAGAGAGAGAAAGAGUCGAUAACAGUUGUGAUGCAGUUGGCGGAAGACCACGGGAAGGAAAUAUCGGAAGAGAACAAGAAUCUGAAGGCUUUUAGUGAAAAAUUGUCCUGCGACAAAGAAGAACUCACCACAACUUUGACAGCUGCCCAAGAAGAAUUGGAGGAGUUAAAAGGAAGAGAGAAAGAAAUGGCAGAGUCCACUGAGAAUAUAUACCGUCUUGAAGAAUCUCUGCGUAAAAGCAGGGAAGAAAGUGAAGCAAUUGAGAAAGAGAAAUCAAAAGCAUUGAAUCAAUGUAAAAUAAAAGAGGAAUAUAUCGAAGAUGUGGAGAAAGCUCUGUCAGAGAAAAGUAGUUAUGUUCAGGAACUUGAGACCAAAAUUAUUGAAUUGUCGAAUUCUCUUUCUUCGAUGAAACGGAAAUAUGAUGACAUGAAACUAGAAAAUGAAAAAUCAGAACAGGUUUUGGAAGAAGCUUGGGUAGAGAAAAGUGAGACUCAGACAAGGUUGAAAGAGGGACUCUUGGAGAAGCAGAGCAUUAUUGAUGAGCUACAGAAGACUAUCAGUAAGAUGCACGAUGCUGCAACAGAAGAAAUGAAAAUGGUUUAUUCAGAUAACGAUCAUUACAGAGUUGAAAAUUGUGCACUGAAAAAAUCGUUCCAGCAAUUAGAAGAACAGCUGAAUUUGGUGACUGAAGAGAAAAUGGAACUUGUAAAUAGUCUGGAAGAGAAACACAGUCUGAAUUCUAUCUUGGAAGAAAAAUUGACCCUUGCCUGUCAGCAGAAGGAAGUGUUGAUGGAAGAAAAAGAGAAACUCAUUAAAACUGUGCAAGAGUCUGCGGAAUCUCGGGAGUGUUUAACUCAGGAAAAACAGGAACUUGUUGAAUUAAGGGAAAAAUUAAAACUCUUUGAGAUGAAUAAGAAGAACAUUGAAGAUUCUGAUAGUCAUUCGAAGCAGAUUUUGGAGAAAUUUGAGUUUGAACUUCAGGAGAAAGACAAAAAAAUGGAAGAGAUUCAGGUUGAACUUUGCUCUGUGAGAGAUGAAAAUUCUAAUGUAGUUAAAGAAAACGAUUGCCUGAAGAAAGAUCUUGAAGAACACACUGCAAGAAUUGAUUAUUUAACCAAUCAGCUUUCAACGUUGGAUCAACUGAAGAACAACCUCCAACUCGUCCAAACUGCAUUUGAGAAUGAGAAUGAGGAGCGGAAAAAACUGGAAUCCAGUCAAGAGGAAUUGAUAACCGAGAAAAAAUUAAUGUCUGAAGAUUUCAGUGAAAAACUCGAACAGCUUAAACAGGCAUCAGACCAGCAGACGUCUGUGUUACGUGAGGAAAUGAACUCUUUGCAAUCGGAACUUGUCGAAAAGGGAAAAUCUUUUGACGACCUUUCUUUAGAGUUGAAUGAGAAAAUAGAAUUAUUGAAAGUGGCUGAUGAAGAGAUCGAACAUUUAGAGAAACUGGUAGAUGAAAAGAAUUUGGUAGUGGAAGAUUUAAAGAAAGUCUUAAAAGAAAAAUAUGAUUGCUUAUCGGAACUUGAAUCUAAACAGAAAGAACUUUGUACAUUUAAAGAACAACUUAAAGUAUCUUCCGAAGAGGAACUGGUCAAAUUAAGGACGUGUCUUGAAACUUUGGAAGCGAAAACACGGGAAGAUACAGAAACGAUAGGACAAUUAAAUACCCAGCUUUCUACAGAAACAAAAGAGAAAGAGUCUUUGAAGGAACAGUUAAACAGGAAUCUAACCGGAGAGGAAGAACAUCAAAAGAAACAGCAAGAACUUGAAGCUUCUUUGAAUGAAAGCAUAUCAAAGACGGCCUCUUUAGAAGAAUCAGUAAACAAUUUCAAAGAAUUACUUGAAAAGAAAGAAAUUCUGUUAGAAGAAAAAUCACAGCUAAUCACUACGUUAGAAAAUGAAAGAGAUUCUUUGAAACAACAGCUGACAGAGAACCAAUGCCUUGUUGAAGAAGAAACGAAUUCUGUGAGAAAUGUAAAGGAAGAUCUUAAUAAUGAAAUUUCUAAGUCUGAAAGUCUUUGUAGUGAAUAUGAGGAAAAACUGUCUCAGCUUAAUGGAACCAUAGUAGAACUGUCAGAUAAAGUUUCCUGCUAUGAAGGGGAAAUCCAGAAAUUGGAAAGUUCCAAAACUGAACAAGUAUCUAACUUGGAAUCAACAGCAAGUUCCCUGAAAGAUUUCAAAGAAUUACUUGAAAAGAAAGAAAUUUUGUUAGAAGAAAAAUCACAACUAAUCACUACGUUAGAGAAUGAAAGAGAUUCUUUGAAACAGCAGCUGACAGAGAACCAACACCUUGUUGAAGAAGAAACAAGUUCUGUGAGAAAUGUAAAAGAAGAUCUUAAUAAUGAAAUUUCUAAGUCUGAGAGUCUUCGUUGCGAGUAUGAGGAAAAACUGUCUCAGCUUAAUGGAACCAUAGCAGAACUGUCAGAUAAAGUUUCCUGCUACGAAGGGGAAAUCCAGAAAUUGGAAAGUUCCAAGACUGAAGAAGUAUUUAACUUGGAAUCAACAAUAAGUGCACUGAGAGAACAAGUAGAAUGUCUGAGUUCCGAUAUUAAGACUGUCAAAGAAGAAGAGAAGCUGAAACAAGCGAGUGCUGUUGAAAACAUGGACGAGAAAUUGUCUUCAUUAAAAGAGUCUUUGAAAGAGAAAGAUGAUUUGAACACCAAACUAAAGGCCCUUGCUGUGAAAAGCAAAAAACAGGUGGAAGAGUUAAAGCACCAGAUGGAAAAGUUGAAAGAAGAGAAACUAGCCAUGGAGAAGAAAAUGAAGGUUUCUUAUGAAAAGCUGUGUCGAGUUGAGAACCAAAAUAUCGAGUCUGGGAUACUUUCCACAAAUUAUGCAGUUGAAAAUAGUUCCAAGUGUCUGCAGCAGGAAUAUGACAAGCUGCAUGAUAAUUGGGAAGACGAGAAGAAGAAAUGUCAGAAGCUCGAGAAAGACUUGCAGCAGAUUGUGUCCGAGCUGACGGAUCUCAAAUUGAAGCAUAUCAGCUUGAAAGAGGACAAGGAUAAGGUCAACCAGCAGUUGGAGGCCACGUCGGCUGAGAAUAAGUCUUUAGAAAACCAAAUCAGUGAAAUAAACUCCAAACUAAAUCUCCUGGAGAAGGACAAAGAUUCUCAGAGGAUUCAAAAGGAGGAAAUCUUGAAAGAGAAAACUGAGAUUGCUGCCAAAGUCCUGGAACUUGAAAAUCAACUGGAAACUGUUAACGUAGAGAAGUCCAAGUCACUCAACAAACUCCAAGAACAAUUGCAGACGGCUAAAAUAGAAGCCACUCAGAACAGCAUGAUGGAUCUGGAGAUUGCAGAUUAUGAACGCACUGUCAAAUCCCUUCAGGACCAACUUGGUGAAAAGGAUAACAAACUCACCGAACUCACAAAUGAUGUCAAACAUUGUGAAGAACGCAUUAAAACUCUGCAAAAAGAAGUUGAUUAUGUUGACGAGCAGAAGGUACAAGCUGAAGAUCGAAGUCAAAAAUUAAAACAGCUUCUAAUGAAAGCAAAGAAAGAUUUGGCCGAUUCUAAGAGACUUGAAAAUGAGCAGAAGACCUGUGAAGCUCAAUUGCGGGGCCAGCUGGAGCAUUUCACGCAACAGAUGGAAGAAUGCAAGCUGCAGAUGUCUGAGAUGAGUGUUGAGAAUCAUAACCUCGAGGAACGACUGAAAACCACAACCGAAGUGCAUCAGAGAUCGAUGAAAAUCCAAGAGAAACAGGUUCAAUCCCUACAGCAGCAGCUGGAUGACGUGCAGGCUCAACUGAAUUCAGUCCAGAAUGAGUACGAAGGCUACAAGGUUCGAGUCCACAGUGUGUUGAAACAACAGAAGGACAAGAUGUCUUCUAGCGAUGUGAAUUCUGUUGAAAAGCAAGAAAGAGAACAACAAGACAGGUUUAUUGAACAACUUAAAACUAAAAUUCAAGAACUGAACGCCAGUUGGUCUGAGUCACGUCAAGAGAUUGAAACUCUCCAAGAAGAGCAUGAUCGUUUACUGAUGCGCCACAAUAAACUCCUCGAAGACUUCCAGGACAGGGAGACCCUAUUUAAAGCUAACCUAGAAAACCUAAAUAAGCAGAAUUCCUCCAAGUCGAUGGAACUGACCGAAACUAUCCAACAGCUAACGUAUCAGAAUGAAUUACUGACAUCUCAAUUCAAGGAUCAGAUAAAGUUUCUUAAGGUGGACCACAAUAAAACUCUUGCUUUGCUCCAUAACCAGACGGAAUCAAAUGAGAAAGAAAUCUACCGUCUUCAGAAAGAACUCCAGCAGCAGCAGCAGCAACAGCAGCUGCAGUUGCCGCUUCAGCCAUCCACGGCAACUGUACAGUAUGUUAGUAAACCACCAGACCGUGACCCCAGUGAUUCACCUUCUGACUUAUCUUCUGACAUUCUUCGACAUGAAGAACGGCAACAGGGCGAGGGUAUGGAGUUUGUUGACACGGAAUCCUUCCAUCGGGGGAAUAGCAAUCCGGGUUUGUCUACAUUGGUUAGCUUUGAACAGCUUCUCACUCAACCGGAACAAGAUGAUAUGUCUGUUUCAGUUGUGAAACCUCCCGUGUUUAAUGAAGAAGAGCUGAAAGCAAGCUACGAUUCAGCACAGAAGAGGAGUGAUCACCUGGCUCAGCUACUGAAUGAAAGCGAAGCAACUGUGAUGCGCUUGACCGAACAGGCCAAAAUUCUGAAGCAAGAAAUCCGUCGUUUAGAGCGGAACCAAGAAAGAGAGAAAGAAUCGGCCAAUUUAGAGUAUUUGAAGAAUAUUUUCCUCAAGUUUGUAAUGUUGAAAGCUGGAGAUGAGAGACAAAUGUUGAUCCCAGUUAUUUGUACAAUGUUAAAAUUGAGCCCCGAAGAGAAAACACAGCUAACAGCAAUCGCCCAAGGUGACUCUGCAGCACCACCUGGCAACAACGCCGCAGGAACCUGGGGCUCCUACCUCCAUCGAUGGUCUGGCAUCAUGUAAAAUAUCCACGUGCAUCUAUUUUUGUCUGUCCUUCCAUCCAUCUCUCCAUCCAUCCAUCCAUCCAUCCACCACACACCCACCCACCCACCCAUCCGUCCGUCCGUCCGUCGGUCCGACCGUCCGUCUGUCCAUUCUGACACCUGCUUUUCCUCAUCUCGUCAACCACUUUUACACUACUGCACUCUUCUAUUUCUUCCUCCUUGUCGCAUCAGCUGUCAUCGAUUCAUCACAUACAGGUGUGUGUAUAUAUGUGUGUGUAUAUGUGGGUAAAUACAUUUGGAUGGCUGCUGACUAAGAGAAAGCAACUGAAA